UCAUCUUGUAUGGAUGUAUCAACAUGCUCUAGGUCAUCACAUCUACACAAACAUUGCUGGCGCCGACCCCGAUAUUCUUACUGGUGAACCGGAUAUUAGACGUAUUAAACCGUCUCAAAAAUGGUACUCAAGAUACGUGAAUCAGCAUGUAUUUGUGCCAAUAAUAUAUGGUUUACUAGCGAUCAAAGUUCGUCUCCAGGACAUAAACAUUGUGUACAUAAUUGGAUCAAACGACAAAAUAAGAAUCAAUCCUCUCACAAUGUGGCAAACUUGUGUUUUCUGGGGAGGAAAGGCAUUUUUUAUCUUUUAUCGUGUGAUUAUUCCGAUAACAUUUUUUCCCUUAUGGAAGGUCUUCACUCUUUGUGCAAUCGCCGAUGCUAUCUCAUCUUAUUGGUUAUCUUUAACAUUUCAAGCUAAUCAUGUGGUCGAGGAAGUUGAAUGGCCUCUUCCAGACGAAAGCGGACUUAUCCAAAAAGAUUGGGCCGAGAUGCAGAUUGUGACAACCCAAGAUUACGCGCAUGACUCCUAUUUAUGCACCUCUGUCGUUGGCUCAUUAAAUUUCCAAGCAGUUCAUCAUAUUUUCCCUCAAAUUUCACAACAUCAUUACUCUAAAAUUGGGCCCAUCGUCAAAGAAACGUGUCGAGAGUUUGGAAUUCCAUACUAUUACAAGGAAACACUUUUGGAUGCCGUGGGGUCUCACAUCGAACAUCUUAGAUUACUAGGAUUAAAUCCUAAAGAAGAUAAAACUGAAUAA